GUGACAGCGGUUGUUCAGGAAAACCUACAAUGGCGUUCAACUCCACAGUGAGCGAAGGAGGUGCAAGCUACGUUGACGAUGGUGUGGUAUAUCUUUGUGAGGAUUUAUUUAACUUUGAUACCAUCAGUGGUGCCUUCUUCAUUUUGAUCUUCAUCCUCAGUGUCACAGGCAACUGUCUCCUCUUGUGUGUUCUUGUCAUGUACGAGAACCUGAGAGCUGUCACAAAUCUCUUCGUCCUGAACCUGGCCUGCUCCGAUUUGAUCUUCACUGUCACACUUCCAUUCCAUGCCGUCCAUCUGCUGUACCACUGGGUCUUUGGGGAAGUUGCUUGCAAAAUUCUAACUGCUUUUUACAUCAUAGGUUUGUACAGCAGCAUCCUUGUACUGACUGCAAUGACUGUCGAUCGUUUCAUAACAGUGGUGCUGCACAAGUGGCCAAGCAACCGUGUAAGGAGGCAGAGGUGUGCGGUGGUUGCCUGUGCAGCCGCCUGGGUCAUCAGCAUUGCUGCAUCUGUGAGUGAUGCCAUCAAAGUAAAGGUGGUAAUGUUCUGGGAUGAUCUUUACAUGUGUAAAGACACCUCUGGUAGCUCUGAUGUCAAGCUGGGAUAUUAUCUCCAAGUGUCCCUGCUCUUCUUCCUUCCAUUCGCCAUCAUUGUUUUCUGCUAUUCUGCCAUCCUCAAGACAGUUUUGCACGCUUCAAACAGAAAACGGAACAGGACUUUAGUGGUGGUGUUGUGUAUUGUUGCAGCCUUCUUCAUAUGCUGGGGACCCUAUCAUAUUGUGCUUUUCAUCGAGUCUUUGUAUGAACCCAAAGGCUGCAAAGCAAAGGAACACCUGGACAAUGCCUAUCAUAUUUGUCGUAUACUUGCAUUCUCUCACUGCUGUAUGAACCCUCUGCUGUAUAUGCUCUCACAAAAGUUGCGAAGACAUCUUUUAGAUCUUUUAUGCUGGAUGACGGCCAGGAGAAGACACAGGGAGAGAGGCACUGGCUCUUCUGUUGUUCAGAAUGUAGCUUUUGUAGCACAAAACUCAGCUGUUAUGUUGGAAUCAAACUCCAAUAAACACUGAAAUGCAACAUCUGUAAAUGCUUUUAUGUAAUAUAAUUGUAUAUAUUGAAUUCUACCUAUGAUUUGCAAUUUGUUUUAAUGCAACUCUUUUAUAAAUGUGCCAUGUAAAUGAUAAAUAUGUGUUUUAAAAAAAAAUCUAAAGCAUGUCACUGUGUAUGAUCAUGUCUACGCUGGUUCUGUAAUAGGGGGAAUCUAGUCUGGCUGAUUUCACUUCUGUUUUCCACCUAAUGCAGUGACACAACACAAUAGCCCAGUGAGCAAAAAGUAGUCCAGAUCACGUCUAAAAGACGUAAUUUCGGGACAUCCAGAAGACGUCUUCAGGGGAGCCAGAAUGAAAGUUUUUUAUACGUCUUUUCUGGACGUUGUUAGGACAUUCCCUUCUGGACAUCCAGAAGACGUCUUCAGGGGAGCCAGAAUGAAAGUUUUUUAUACGUCUUUUCUGGACGUUGUCAGGACGUUUCCUUCUGGACGUCAGAAGACGUCUUCAGGGGAGCCAGAAUGAAAGUUUUUUAUACGUCUUUUCUGGACGUUGUUAGGACGUUUCCUUCUGGAAGUCAGAAGACGUCUUCAGGGGAGCCAGAAUAAAAGUCUUUUAUACGUCUUUUCUGGACGUUGUUAGGACGUUUCCUUCUGGAAGUCAGAAGACGUCUUCAGGGGAGCCAGAAUAAAAGUCUUUUAUACGUCUUUUCUGGACGUUGUUAGGACGUUUCAUUUCUGGACGUCAGAAGACGUCUUCUUGGGAGCCAGAAAGAGAGUUUUUAUA